UCCUUCAGCAUUCAGUGCAGCUUUGAGGAGCGCGCGAGGCAGCAGCCCCGAGGACUGCCCAAGUGAAAGAAGUGCGCGUAAAGCGACCACACCACGUGAAAGGCACGAGCCGGACGCACCGCUGCCAGACUUUGUGAUCCUUCAUAAUUGUGUGCUUUUGUUACGAAUGGACCUUGCAGCCAAGAUGGAAAUUAAUGUGAACCAGCAACAGCUGAUGCCGCCCGCUUGUUUCUUUUCCGCCGCUGCGGCACAGAGCAUCCAGCUGAGCCCCAGCGGCAGCAGCCAGAGCAGCGGCAAGUCUGGGGCCAAACAACCCAAGAGACAACGCUCUUCCUCACCAGAACUGCUCCGCUGCAAACGGAGACUGAAUUUCGCGGGUUUCGGCUACAGUCUGCCGCAGCAGCAGCCGCACGCAGUUGCCCGCAGGAACGAGAGGGAGCGCAACCGGGUGAAACUGGUGAACAACGGGUUUGCCACCUUACGGGAGCACGUCCCCAACGGAGCCGCCAACAAGAAGAUGAGCAAAGUGGAGACGCUGCGCUCGGCCGUGGAAUACAUCCGCGCUCUCCAGCAACUAUUGGACGAGCACGACGCAGUGAGUGCGGCGUUUCAGUCAGGUGUCCUGUCACCUACUAUGUCGCAAGGAUAUUCAGCAGACAUGAACUCAAUGGCAGGGUCUCCAGUGUCGUCUUACUCCUCGGACGAAGGAUCCUACGACCCCCUCAGUCCAGAAGAGCAGGAACUGCUGGACUUCACCAACUGGUUCUGAGCUUCUCUAUAAGACGUACAGAUCAACGCAAUUUACUGCUGUCGUGCGCUUUGGAAGGUCCCGGAGGAGACUGGGUAUCCUCAAGAACAAGAUGCACUGUAUAGGCGUUUUGGUCCUCUCAUCCUUGAAGCCCGGUCCUCCGAGACACACAGACAGACGGACAGACAGACGGACAGACAGACAGACAGACAUGGUCUUAGCAUCCCAAAAACUUGGGAGGAAUCAGGCCAGAGAUCAGCGCCAAAGGAUUAGAGGAAGACGGGUCUCCUGACAGCGUGGGAAACCAACUUCUGUGCAUUUGCCCAUGAUAAAAAUACCUUUAAGUGAAUUCAUGCUCUUUAGGAGCACAUCAAAAACAUUAUUUAAUACGUUGCUCUUCAACUAUGCUAAAGCCAAUCACAGAGCUCCAACCCUUUGGUAAACCUCUCAGACUCUUAAGUCAGAAAAUGCUUCCAAGUCACGGAUUUAUUCUAUGAAAUUCUAUAUUAAACGCUUUUUUUGGGAAAUAUAUUAAGAUAUUUUUGUAUGUAAGAGAUUUAUAGAUGUUUUGUACACAUACUUUUGUACAUAUUUUGUCUAUAUAUUGUGAAGUCGCUUCUAUACCUCCUGCCUAUGUAGACGUCUAGUCUAUUACUCUCUGGCUCUUCUGUUAAUGAGGUUUCCAGAAGGAGUUUGAUACUCCGACAUUUUAUUCUAGCACCAAUGUGUCUUAUUUAAUAGCAAAACCAUGUUAUUGCAUUAUGUCAUGAAGUUCAAUGAUCAAAGUUAUGCAGCUAUUGUCCAAACAGUGCAAUGGCCGUGCAUUGUCUCUUUAUACUGCCAGCUCUAUAUUGUCUUCACAUACACAGAUGUUGAAAAGAAGUCUUAUAACCAUAUUUUCUACACUCUAGUCCAAGAAUAAAAUGAUUUGCUACUGAAA